GACUUUAAUUAUACUGGUGGAGAGAUUUCAAAGUCUAAUCAAGAAGUAGAGAAGAUAAGUGAACAUGUUCAAAUUGUUUUUCUUAUUGGUGCUGUUUAUUGGAGCGUUGAGUGAGUUGGUAUAUUUGCAGUAGGUUUAACAAUUACUCUAGAAAACAAUUACUAUAAAUUAGCAUUUCUACAAAAUGUUAAAUACUCAUUUCAAAAAAGAAAAAGUACUCAUGUUGUAAGGCAAACUGUUAUUAGUUUUAUUAAGAAUAAUCUACUCAGGGACGUAGUAAGGAUUUAGGGUGUAUGGGUCAAAUUACCUGAUUUUUUCAAUUACGUUCUACCAUAAAUAUGAUGGCAGAACAGAGUUUUUUAGGGGAGGGUUAAUUUUCUGUAAAGUUGGACACCAUAGUUUACAGCUAGAUUAAAACACAGCGUGCAAAACAUGAUCUAACUGUCACGGCGGUAGUGUAGGAAGAUAUUUAAUGUUAAAACUAAAGGACUGAAAACUUGGGGAUCUGGGGGUCAGGGCCUAUCAGAUAAAUUCGGGGGCCCCUAUUUUUCCCAACUAUGUUGGUUGGCAAGUGGGAGGAGGGGGGUGUUAAAAAAAUUUUUCCAGAGGUUAAAUAAGGGUCAAAAAAAAUUUCCGGACAAACGCAAGUUAAACUAGAGGGCACUCAGAGACUGCAUACCUCCGCCCGUUACUCGGAAGUGAAACGCAACCUUGGAAUUUCCUAAGUAAUCCACUUUAUAAUUCUUAAGCAUAAAAGAUUUCAGGCCCUAGCGUAUUGAAAUCGAAUUGCUAAUAGAACAUAUUACUGUUGUUGUACUGUACAGUACUUGUAAAAUAAAAACUUUUUAAGUGUCAUUAAAUAAAUGCACAAAUUUUGCUUUAUGCACUCGCGCGUGCAGUAAUUUUCACAGUUGUGCUAUUUUAAAUUCCCAGGCAGCUAAAAUCUUUUGUCUUUAAAACAAUGUCGAUUUCUUGGGAAAUUCCGAGGUUGCCUUCUUUUUAUACACCCUGUAUUGAAGUAAUCUAAUGUUGUUAGAAUUUGAAUGGACUGGCACUUUGCUGAACGUAAUAAUGCGUAACUCCGUAAGCCUUGUUUUAGACAUUGAAUUUCGGUCGCGUGAAAUGCAACUAAGACAAUAGAUAAUGAAGGCCGAAGCUUAAUGAGGUUUAUCAUCUCAUUACUGUCUUAGCACUGAGUGCAUAAAUUAUACACGUCCUAAUUACGCAUUCAGUAAUAUAUUUUUUGUUAAUUGACCGGGAAAAGCAAGACAAAAUUUUGUUCAUUUCUCGUUCAAUUUUUAACCAAAUUCAACCAAAUUUUAAUCAGUUCUUCCUUAGCCGAUGGGAAAUGCAUUCAAAAAAUUUCGUACGGAUAUGUUUGGUAUUUCUUGAGUUAUCGUGCUCACAGACAAACACACACACAUACACACACACACACACACAUACACACACACAUACACACACACAUACACACACACACACACACACAUACAAACCCAGAUGAUUACAUAACCUCCUGGCGGAGGUAAUUAAAGUGCUUAUGUCACAAAAAUUGUUUUUUGAUAUUUGGUAGAGGACAAAAAGUUAGUUAAUAGGUUCUUUAACAUUUUUCGGUUUUAUCUUUUCAUUCGCGAGAUAUGAGGCUCUAAACCUUGAAAAAUUGGCUUUUAGCGAAAAAUUGUCGCGCCCGAGAAAAAAACGGAAAAGGGUCUGGGGCGAGAGCCGUGUGACGUAGCUUAAGGGACGGAAGUUCGAAUUCACAUGUGAAGGAGUACUAAAAAGCUAUUGGGAAGACAUAUGUUUUCCAGCACUCAUGGUUCUCAAUGUGACUCAGAAUACAAUUAUAUUCCUGGGUAUAUUAUACAGGAUGAACCAAAUGAUACUAGUCACAAUUGGAACUCUAGAAGCAGUUUCUUUAGGCGAUUAUAAUGCAUAUUGGUGAUAUUGCCUUUAUGCCGAUGAGCCGUUAGCGAGCCGCCGAGCGGCCCGAGCCAAGAAUGCUACGCGCGCGAUAUCUAAAACUAUGCGGAACACAAGGAACAAAACGUUAGAACGAAGAUUAGACGGCCCUGAAGAUAUUAAAAUCAUGGUGAGCGUAAGCAUAGAUUUAUUUAACAUUUUAACGUAAAAUAAGUAUCUCGGGUGAUAUAUUUUUUAUACGGCAUCAGUCACACCAAACACACUUCCCUCACCUGUAUCAUAUUUCACAAGUGUAAAUGCGGCGAUUGUGCGAUAAUAUACAUACUGUAUACAAUAUACCACACACGCUGGAAUCUUGUAGGGAAGCUCUGAAGGAUAACUUGGUUUUAGAAGAUGUGCCACAGCCGCCGUGCUGUAUCACUCUACACUGGGGAUUCAGGCCCAUUUGUUUGGAAAAAUGGGCUCUAUGAAAACUUGCGAGAAAAUACAAUCGUUCGUAUUAAAUAAACGUGAUCACAGAUAAACACUGUAGCUUCAAACAAGAAUACGUACGUAAUUUGCUCUGAACCAGUCUGUUUAUAUUUUCUUUGAUCUCAUGUCUUGCAUUUUCUUGCGAAGGUGAGGGAAGUGUGGUUUUAACUCUUGGAUGUGACUGAUGCCGUAUGAGCCCGUAUCCAGGCAAAAUAUAUCAGCCAGAGAUAUGUACUUAUUUUACGUUACAAUGUUAAAAUAAAUCUGUUUACACUCACCAUAAUUUAAUAUCUUCAAGGCUAUCUAAUCUUCGCUGUACAUCUCGUUUUGUUGCUUGUGUUUUGUUGAUUUUUUUAGAUAUCGUGCGAACCAUUCUUCGCCGGCUAGCGGUUCAUUGGCAUAAAGGCGUGCAUCAUAAUCGCCUAAAAUUUUGCUAUCAACUGCUUCUAGAGUUCCAAUUUCGUGACUAGUAUCAUUUGAUUCAUCCUCUAUAAUAUAUCCAGGAAUAUAAUUGUAUUCUGAGUCACAUUGAGAACUAUGAGUGCUUUCCGAAUCUGAGCUACUGCCUGACAUGCUGGAAAAUAUAUCAAAUGUAUAAUGCGUGUCGAAAUUAAGUCCCUUAAGCUACGUCACACCACGCUCGUCCCAGACUCUUGUUGAUACGCGACAAUUUUACGAAAAUCGCUGUUUAGAGCCUAGUAUCUCGCGAAUGAACAGAGAAAACCGAAAAAUGUUAAAGAACCUAUUAACUAACUUUUUGUCCUCUACCAAAUAUCAAAAAAAAAUUUUUGUGACAUAAGCACUUAAGGGUCAAAACAUUUUUCAGGUCAAAUUCCUGUUAAAACAUGAGUAAAACCCAAUUUUUUCGGACCUUUAUCUGUAAAAUGUAGGUCUACCAUUAUUUAUAUCAAAAAACGUUCCAAAUUAUUUUUUAAUUUUACAAAUUUUGGGAUCCCUUAAACUGUGGGCCCAAGGCAAAUUACCCCCUUUGCCCCCCCCCCCCCUUUUUAAGGCCCUGCUGAGGGCAUGCUGCCGCGCACUUUCUGGCAUGCAACAAAAUUGCUUCAUAAUUGGACUACCCUGCAUAGUUGAACUACCCUGGAUAAACACAAUACAAGUACAUAAACACAAUACAUGCAAGGAAUGCACCCAAACUUCCAAACCAUUAUGUCAAACAUUCUCGGUCGCUAAUUAUGUUAAUUCUCUUUACAAUAAUGGUGCAGAUAUCUGGAAUGAGCUAAAGCCUGAUUUAAAAAAUAUAAAAUCCUAUAAUAUAUUAAAGAAAAAAUAAAUUUCUGCAGUUGCAUACGGAAAUAUAGAUAGGAGAGACUCUAUUUCCCUAAGGGUUCUGGGGCCGGUUGUUCGAAAGGCGUUUAAUUAACUCGCUAACCACCGUUUAACUCGCUAUCCGCUGGAUAAGAUUCAAACGCUCCAGAAAUCGCGUUGUUCGAAGCCCGUUUAACGUUAUCCACCGGUUAAAUUUCACCUAUUCAGUGGAUAAGUUAAACGGUCUUGAAAAUAACCACUGUUGUUACUAGUCUCCUGUUGGUAUUGUAAUUACAAUGAGAGACAAGUACUCAGUGGCGGCGUAGCAAACUCGGUAAUUGGGUGGGGGAAAUAUUUAUAUAUUCGUGUUCACAGAGUUUAAAAACAAUUGAUUUUAAAAGAAAUUAAAGAUGUAGAGCACGAAUAUAUGAAUAUUGGCUUCCCCAAUUAUCGUGUUUGCUAAGCCACUGCAUGUACUAGUUAUUUACUUUCUUUGAUGGUUCAAGGAUACCAAAAUUUAUGGUAACCAAUAUCCCCAAGUGGGAUACUGGAUUAUCAGGCCCAAUACUAAAACUUUGAAUCCCGGCAUUCCAGAGCGACACCGAAAAAUUAAAAAUUCGGACGUUGUUAUUAUUAAUUAUUAAGCCAAUGGCAUGGCGCUAUUAUCUUGUGAAUCACAAUGUAUACGUCUAACUACGGCCCUCGAUCUUCUUUCUUCCCAGAACUGAUCCACAAUAGUUUUUGAGAUCCUAUAAGAACAAAAUUCAUAUUUCUUAUUUAAAAUUUUUAAAAAAUACUGUAUAUAUUUUUCCACAGCACUGAAGGAUGAACAAACGAUUGAUUCGUCAAUGCUUUCCGAUGAAAUCAGCAAUGAUGAAGAAAUUGAAAUGAAUCUUGACGCUGAAGAUGAAAUUCUGCAGGAGGAAAUUGAAAAAGCCAUUUUAGGUAUUGUGGUGAAGUAUUCUUGGCUUUUACCCGGAUGACAAGUUUGUUUAAUUAAAGCUUUUUGUCCGAAAUUUAAUGAAAGUCUUAAUUAAAGCUUCUACAGUAUUAAAAUGUAAAUUUAUUUUUAUAUAGACGGAAGCAAUGACGCUCCCAUAGAGAAACGUCAAAUUGGUAAAUUAUUAUUCUCCGUAUUACUAGCAGUAAUUAUAUCCAAUACAAACUGCAGAGUCUCAGUACUUGAAUAG